UCGUGGUGGCAGCUGCGGCGGCUGCGGCGGCGGAACGGGCGGAGGCUGCCGGUUUCGUAACCGUCGCUCCUCCUGGCUGACUCUCGGGCUGCGAGGCCUGGGUCGGGUCGGGCCGCGCCGUGCGGGGCCGCUUGGAGUGGAGGCCGCCUGGGAGCAGGCGGGCUGGAGGGGCCAGGUACAUGUGAAGAUUUCUUGGCAGUUCAGUGUGGAAACCAUUGAUCACCUUGUCUUCAUUCUGCUUGUCCUGUGUUGAAAAGGGAGCGUGCCCAAAUGAGCAAGGUAUCGCCGCAGAACAGCACCCCGGGCGUGAACGGAAUAAGUGUCAUCCAUACUCAGGCUCAUGCCAGCGGCUUACAGCAGGUUCCUCAGCUGGUGCCCGCCGGCCCCGGGGGCGGAGGCAAAGCUGUGCCUCCCAGCAAGCAGAGCAAGAAGAGCUCCCCCGUGGAUCGCGACAGUGACGAGUAUCGGCAGCGCAGGCAGAGGAACAACAUGGCCGUGAAAAAGAGCCGGCUGAAAAGCAAGCAGAAGGCGCAGGAUACGCUGCAGAGGGUCAGUCAGCUCAAGGAAGAGAAUGAGCGGUUGGAGGCAAAAAUUAAAUUGCUGACUAAGGAAUUAAGUGUACUGAAAGAUUUGUUUCUUGAGCACGCACACAACCUCGCAGAUAACGUGCAACCCAGUAGCACUGAAAGUACGGCAAAUCCUGAUAAGGCAGGACAGUAGAGCUCACCCCUUGCAAACUUCACACUUUGUGGCUUGAACAUUUAAGGUGUGACUACCUACACCUCUCGUAUCAGCGGCUGAACCGCCAUUAUUCAGAGACCAUUGAAGGUUGUUUUCUAGGGUCCGCCCUGAAGAGCUGAUUAGCUAAAAAUGUUAGACGUGUAACUUGAAUAUCUGGUUUUAAAUGAUAAGAGUUUUUGUGGGGAUAAAAAACACUUUUAAAGGUAUAUGGUUUAAAAAAAAACAAAACUGCCCUGGAACCUUGAUGUUCUUAAUAAAUGCUGACUUCCCAAAAAAAUGUUUCUUUUUUAGGUUGACAAAAGGAAUGGGGAACUGGCAAGUCGUAUGGAAGAGUCUUGGUUUUAAUGGAUAUGGUUAAUUGGAUGAAAGAAAGCUAAAUGCCAUCUCUGUUCAUCUAUUUGUGACUCGUUUCUAAAUUGUGUAUUAAAAAUGCUUAGGGCUAUAGAAACCAAUCACUUUAUAAUUUGGAGUGAUUUUAUGUAUAGCAUAAACCCUGUUUCAGCAUAACUAGUACUGUUUUACCUAACAAAUACUAGUUUUUUGAAUACUGAUAACAAGUUACGUAAAGAAACCCCAUUGCAUUUUAAAGGCAGUAUGCAGCCAAUUGGCUUAAAAAUAGAAAUAGCAUUUAGGAAGCAAAUAGGUUUUUUAAAAGUAAAAGCAAAGCAUAUUAGAAUUACACUCUUGGGAUACCUUUGGGUUAUUGGAUUGGCAUUAUUUUGUUAAAAUUUAAAAAAAACAUGGUUUAGAGAAACUCCGUAUCAGUUUUAGUUUGUGCAGAUGCUAGUAAGCUUUUUUUCCUUUUACACCAUUUGCACAGCCUAGUUAGUAAAUCAGAGCAUCUUAACAGUUUAUGUCCACUCAAAUUGCAGGUUAGGAUUUUGAAUAUUAAUUUCAGCAGGUAGUUUCUCCUGUAUUCAAAUACAUUGCAGUGGGGCUGAGGAUUUUGAAAGCAAAAAUUUCUUGUGAAGGAUCACUUAUAUUUGAUCAUAACCAACUGGUUCUUAGAAAAAUACACUGUCAACUCCAUGCCAUUUCCCAAAAUAAUAGCCUAAGAAGACUUGAAAAUAUAAGGUUAAACAGUUAAUUUAUUUCACUUAAACGCAUCUUUUUAUAUUAUUUUUGUGACAUUUCUUAGUGGGCUGUAUUCUUCCAGACUUUUGUACCACUUUUUAUUCAUUUGUAUGCAUUUAUGUCCCAUAAAUUAUUUUAGCAAGAAAAUACUGAUAGAACUCAGGAUAUUGAUAUUUCUGUUGAGACUAAAAAGUGGAGUCGCUAGAAUGGGAAUCUCUAGGAUCUGGAUUAUAUCAGCGUUGGUAGUUUUGAUUGCCCUUGUUUUUCUUUUAAUGCAGUUCUAGCUCAGAUUUGUUGGAGUCUGUUUUUUUCUUCUUCCAGUGUUUGUUUUUGGAUGACCCAGAGUGAUGACAAGAGGCUGAGUCACAUCGGACUCACAAAGUCGCCCACUGUCUUAUUUGAACAUGGUCAUUUUAGGCUGCAUUGCUGUUGCAUACCAGAACCUGGGGCGUUGUAACCAGGAUGCAAUUCAAGUUGCACACUCAGGUGGAUGGAAGAGUGGUGUCUGUGCCCUUCUGGUCAGCAGAAGACAUCACAGUGCCCUGCAGCUCAGCAAAGCCAUUAACAAAGGCCGAGAGUCCCUUCUGCAUGUGACACGAGCCCAGUAUUGUCCCACGAGAGCCACCGUCCCAGGGUGGUUAACUCCCGAUAGAGCCAGGAGAGAGGAUAGGGGUUGCUGUUAGGGUCCAACGUUGGUUACCUUGGUUGGAGUAUCGAUCAACUUGUAGGUAGAUGGAGGUUUUAAAUAACUAGGAGAUGCCCCAGAAUCCUGCUCAAUCUUCAGUAGCACCUCACUGGGGAUGCAGUUAGUUCUCCUGAAUCUUCAAGCAUCUAUAAGAGGUGCUACAGACGUUUUAAUCUCUUUAUUUACUAAACAGUAUCUUUCAGAAAUGGAUGUCCACAUGGAAUUUAUCAUUACCCAUGAUAUGAAGUGACCUAACUAUCUUGGAAAAGAAGCUUUAGGGAAAUCAUCAGGAAUGUACUUGGUUAUUUCAAAGAAGAAAAUAAGAUUGGAACUUUUGGAACAAUUGAUUCAAACUUUCCUUUUACCUCUGCAAAUCAGAACUAGCACAAGCAGUCGUACCGUUUUAUGCAUAGCGUAGAAAAAUGUUAACCAUGGUCUUGACUGUCUUACUGAAGUGUUUGGGAAUGAAAGUUUUUCAUUUGAUAGGUUUAUCAGUGUAAAAUGGAGGGAAACCAAGUAUGGGAAAUGGGCAAAUGUAGAGCUUUGGGAAUUGUAAAUGACUUGUAACUUUUUUGUUCUGUAGAUUUCGUAUGAACCAUUAGGAUAUGAUCCGCCUUUGCUGGCAGGUCUAGUGGUUUAGGAAUUAGGCUGCAGUAUAAAUUUCUAGCUGCAUCUGAGUCUUCUGGGGUGGGUGCUUUCGGACUGGUCUUGGCUGCAGGUGGUGCCAGUGAACAGCGCUUCCUGCUGUCUGGCCCCUUUGAGUUACUGGGAUGUGAGCUCAGGCUUUGGACAUUCUUACCAAGAAGUAGUAAGAUUUUAAUAAAAUAUGACCAGAAUUUUGAAAUUCAGGUCGUGAGUGUGAAAUUCUCAAACUUACGUAAGAAGUAUGUACACUUUAAUGUUUGGGGUUAAAAGGAAGGAAAUCAUAGCAGCUUUUGAUGUUUCUUAAUCCCCAUUAGAAGGUUUGAAGCUUUGUACCUGAACAACCCAGUUAAAGCACUCGGAGUGUUUUCGAUGCUUUAGAAAUAGAAAAUUUUUGUCUGACAAAAGCUAGGAAGGAAUAAAGUCCAUUCUAUAGCUGUUAGAUCUGCUCUCAGGAAAAAGUACUUGUUCUUUUUGUUCCUGGCUUUCCUCAGUUUGUGAGAUAACUCUAUUUUUUUAAAUAUAAUUUUAUUUCUUUCAAUGGAUUUGAAAUAAAAAAAAAAAA